CCUCUCUCUCUCUUUCCCUCUCCCUUCCCCCCCCCUCCGACCGGUCUUCGCUUGCGCAGUUCCCCUGCCUCUUUUUCACAUUACAAGAUGCGCCGAUCUCAGGCCCCCUCCGUUCGUCGGGCUCUUGUUGACUCCUCAGGGGCUGCCCCGGCAAAGCUGACAGCCCCUCUGAAGCUGACCACCCCGUCGAGGCUGUCCAGCCCGAUGCCACCAGCGAAAGCAGUGGCCCCGGUCUCGGCAGCAGUCUCGGUGGAUGCCUCCCCGACCGCUGCUGAGCCUUCGGCCCAGCCGAGUACCGGGACGCCCGCUGUUUCCCGGACCCGGUCACUUGGGCUGCGUGCUCUGGGCAGUCGUCGACCGGUGGGGCUCUCGACUGGCGCGCCGAGUCUCUCCCGGACGGCGCUCCCCACCCCGCGAGCUGUCCCCGUGGACCCGAAGGCACAAGCGGCCGCAGCGGCGGCAAGCGCACGCGAGCAAGCCAAGAGCCAGGCAGCUUCGAUGGCCGCCCGUGCGCUCGGCUUCGAAGCGGCGGCCCCCCUCUCCGCGUCGGGCCAAUUCAACAAACGCUACUUCUCGGUGGUUUUCCGUCGCAUGACCAACAGCAAGCAUAAAAAGUGGGACGGCGAUGGAUUCAUUGAGGUGUCUGACGCUGGCGUUCACCUUCUGGACUCGCAAGGAGCAUCUCUCGGACGUGCCAACCAGUAUCCUCUUAGCCAACUGGCGUCCCUUCGUGAGGGGGAAAGCCUUGUUCUUUCGCGGAGAGAAAUCGAAAUCAUGGCCCCAGUGGAGGCAUCUCUCUUUGAAAGCGGCAAGUGUUUCCUUGGCGUGACCUCGGAAGCAGCGGCACCGGCACGGCCGACCGCCCGUGCAGCGCCCAAGCUUCCUUCCUUCCGGCAGGUUGCUGCCGAAGGCAGUCCGAAUGACGAUGCUCUUGUAGCCUCUCAGCCCCGGCAUAGCCCGGAUGCACCUGGGGCAUUGGUUCUUCCCCGGCCGCCAGAGGCCCAUGUGGCCCAACAUUCCCGCGGUGUUCCGGUCAAUGACGUGGUGGUGGACCCGCACAUUGGAGGCCAGCUGCGCCCUCACCAGCGCGAGGGCGUGGUCUUCCUGUAUGAAUGUGUCAUGGGCUUCCGCAACUUUACUGGCAAUGGAGCCAUCUUGGCCGACGAAAUGGGCCUCGGCAAGACGAUUCAGACGAUUGCCCUCAUUUGGACUCUGUUGAAGCAGGGCCCCUAUUCACGGCAACCGGUCAUCCGCCGGGCGCUGGUCAUUUGCCCAGCAACUCUGGUGCGGAACUGGGAGCGCGAGUUCCGCAAGUGGCUGGGUGACCAGCGGGUGCGCACCUAUGUCCUGGGGGCCGGUUCGCAGACCACCUCGCUGGAGGAGUUCAACCGGACAACGGUGUACUCGGUGCUGAUCGUGGGAUAUGAGAAGUUCCGCCAAGUUGCCAAGGACAUUGUCGACUCCAAGGUGGACCUGGUUGUCUUGGAUGAGGGCCACCGGCUGAAAAAUUCCAACGUCGACAUCAGCAAGGCCAUUCGGCUGAUCCCCACCACGCGGCGUAUUAUUCUUUCCGGCACGCCGGUCCAAAACAACCUGGCCGAGUUCCAUGCCCUGGUUGACGUCGUCAAUCCGACCAUCCUCGGCGACUAUGCCCUCUUCAAGCGGGUGUUUGAGGACCCGGUGGUGGCCUCACGCCAGCCUGGCUCCUCGCCGGAGCAGCUGCGUCUGGCCCAGCUACGCGCCGACGAGCUGUCCCGCAUGACUGGGCUGUUCAUCCUGCGUCGGAAGUACGACGUCAAUCGGAAGUUCCUACCGGCCAAAUCCGAGAUUCUGAUCUUCUGCCCGGUGACGGACACCCAGCGGGCGGUUUACGAGUUUGUCAUCGGUAGCUCGGCCCUGAGCAGCAUUCUGGUUGCCUCGGCGGCCAGCUCGGCCCUGCACCUGACCUGCUUGACGCUCCUGCGAAAGAUCUGCAAUUCGCUGUCCACCCUGGACCCGGGGCGCUUCCUGCGCAUGCUGACCGAGCAGGCCGUCACGGCCGGGGCCCCGGAGUCUCUGGUCGCGCAGCUUGACACCCGGGCCGCCUCGGUGCCCGCCGAGCUGGACGUAGAUGUGGAUGGGGAUGUCGAUGGCAAUCCCUCCGAGGAGGAGGCUGCCCUGGGGGCCAGCCUGGCGGACCUAGCCCGGCGGCGGGCAGCCGAAGUACUGGAUGCCGCGGCCGGUGCCACGCCGGCCGACGGCCAGGAGGCCAUUGACCGGGUGCGCGCUUUCCUUUGGGGCUGGAGCUCCAAGCUGCGUGUUGUGUCUUCCAUCCUGGCCAGCUCGCCCGGGGAGAAGGUGGUCAUCGUGUCCAGCUUCACCGAGGCGCUGGAUGUGCUGGAAACUCUGUGCAUUGUCGAGGGGGCGGAGGCCCUGCGUCUGGAUGGGCGCACUCCGACCGCCAAGCGCCAGGAGAUUGUCGACCGGUUCAACGCCGGGUACAGCGAUGUGCGGGUGUUGCUACUGUCGGCGCGCGCCGGCGGGGCGGGCCUCAACCUGACCGGCGCCUCGCGCCUUGUGCUGUAUGACAUCAACUGGAAUCCGGCCAUCGACCAGCAGGCUAUGGGGCGAAUUUGGCGCGAGGGCCAGCUUCGCCCGACCUUCAUUUAUCGACUCUUCUCGGUGGGCACCGUUGAGGAGCGCAUCUUCCUGCGACAGAUCGCCAAGGAGGCGCUGUCAGAUGCGGUGGUGGAUGGCAAGAAGGUGAAGACCACCUUUUCGCGGGCCGAGCUCCGCAAGCUGUUCAGCUUUGAUGGCGACACCCUGAGCCUCACCCAUGACUUGCUCAAGUGCGAAUGCCUGGACGAGGUCCUCGCCCACCCUUCGCGAGCCAAGCGCAUCAAGUGCGUCCGGCCACGCGCUGCCCAGGGGACCGAGGAGAUCGGCGAGUCUGCCCUGAAUACUCUCCGCGACCAGUGGUCACACCUGCACGAGGGGAAUGCACACUUCCUGGCCGCGGCCACGGCCACCGACGAGGGGACAGACCCCCAGACACUGAUCAGUGCGGAGGCCGUGCCUGCUGGCCUCGGGGCUGCCUUUGCCGGAGAUGCCCCGGCCACCGAGACCCUGCGAUCGCUGGUGGACUCGAGCGCCGGGCAGCUGAUUGCUGACCGGUCUUGCGGGCUGGUUCUCCACCGAUACUUCCAGCCGCUGGAUCAGGGAGGCGCCGCGGUGAGCGGCGAAUAGACAGAUGCCCACCGUCCGCCGGGGGGCACCGGCUGCAUGUGCUCCUCCUGCUUGGCUGGGAUGCACCUUCGA